AUGCGUCGAGUUUCCAAGGACAAAGACAGGCGCUUGCUGUUCCGAGGGUGGAGCCGGUUGUGCUUGCACGCCGCGUCUCUUAACGCCGCCGAUGCCGUAUCGGCGACGGCCACCGCAGCCGCGAGGGCCGCCAGAGCGGAGGCGGAGGCGACGCAGGCCGCUGCAGCCGCAACGGCCGCCGAAAUCGAGACAGACGCCGCCGUGGUUCGGCAACGCGUGGCAGCGGCGGAGUCGGAAGCGAGGAACCAGAGGGAUCGGAGGGCACUGCAGAUGAUCUGUAGCGUAGGUCGGAACUACAACAGACGCCUUCUCUUCCACGGUUGGAGUCGGUUCUGCCAACAAGCGACGUCUGUCCACAUCGCCGAGGCGUCAUCGACGGCCGCGGAAGCGAUAGCCAGGUCGGAUGUCAUGGAGGAGCCGACACACGCACCUGCAGAACACGCCGAGGCAUCGGCAAAGGUCGGCGGGGACUCCGUGAUGGUGGCGACCUUUGUGAAAAGAGCACAGGAGGCUGAAAAGGCUGUCGACGAGCAAAGCAGGCAGCUAGCCGCCCGAUUGGUUGCUAGGGUGCUCGGAGAUAGAAAUCGGCGCCUCUUAUUCCGCAGCUGGGGUCGCUUGUGCUUGCAUGCCGCCUCGCUCAAUGCGGUGGAGGGAGCAUUUACGGCGACAACAUCAGCUGCAAGGGCGGCGACGGUGGAGGUCCAAGAAAAGGCGACCGCAGCAGCAGCUUCGUCGACCGAUGCUGUCGAAGCAGAAUCGUCGACUGAGCGGACACGUGAGGAGGAGCAGGGGCUUCAGUGGCAUGGGGCGUUGACCACGAUAUCUCGAGUCUGUAAGGAUAAAGACAGGCGCGUGCUGUUCCGAGGGUGGAGCCGGUUGUGCUUGCACGCCGCGUCUCUCAACGCUGCCGAUGCCGUAUCGGCGGCGACCACCGCAGCCGCGAGGGCCGCCAGAGCGGAGGCGGAAGCCACGGCAGCCGCUGCAGCCGCAACGGCCGCCGGAAUCGCGACAGACGCCGCCGUGGUNGCAACGCGUGGCAGCGGCGGAGUCGGAAGCGAGGAACCAGAGGGAUCGGAGGGCACUGCAGAUGGUCGGAACUACAACAGACGCCUUCUCUUCCACGGUUGGAGUCGGUUCUGCCAACAAGCGACGUCUGUCCACAUCGCCGAGGCGUCAUCGACGGCCGCGGAAGCGAUAGCCAGGUCGGAUGUCAUGGAGGAGCCGACACACGCACCUGCAGAACACGCCGAGGCAUCGGCAAAGGUCGGCGGGGACUCCGUGAUGGUGGCGACCUUUGUGAAAAGAGCACAGGAGGCUGAAAAGGCUGUCGACGAGCAAAGCAGGCAGCUAGCCGCCCGAUUGGUUGCUAGGGUGCUCGGAGAUAGAAAUCGGCGCCUCUUAUUCCGCAGCUGGGGUCGCUUGUGCUUGCAUGCCGCCUCGCUCAAUGCGGUGGAGGGAGCAUUUACGGCGACAACAUCAGCUGCAAGGGCGGCGACGGUGGAGGUCCAAGAAAAGGCGACCGCAGCAGCAGCUUCGUCGACCGAUGCUGUCGAAGCAGAAUCGUCGACUGAGCGGACACGUGAGGAGGAGCAGGGGCUUCAGUGGCAUGGGGCGUUGACCACGAUAUCUCGAGUCUGUAAGGAUAAAGACAGGCGCGUGCUGUUCCGAGGGUGGAGCCGGUUGUGCUUGCACGCCGCGUCUCUCAACGCUGCCGAUGCCGUAUCGGCGGCGACCACCGCAGCCGCGAGGGCCGCCAGAGCGGAGGCGGAAGCCACGGCAGCCGCUGCAGCCGCAACGGCCGCCGGAAUCGCGACAGACGCCGCCGUGGUUCGACAACGGGUGGCAGCGGCGGAGUCGGAAGCGAGAGACCAGAGGGAGCGGAGGGCACUGCAGAUGAUCUGCAGCGCAGGUCGGGGCUACAACAGCCGGCUUCUUUUCCUUGGUUGGAGUAGGCUCUGCCGACACGCUGCAGGAAAAGGCGGCGCAGAUGGAAUUUCGUCAGAUUCCGAGCCUGCAGCAGCUCAAGCCGCUAGGGCGGAUGCCAUGGAGAACCAGGCGCAAGCACCUGCGGAACCUGCGGAAGGAGCCAAGGGAGUGGAAAAGCUCGACGAGGAGUCGGUGAUGGCGGCGACCUUUGUGAAGAGAGCAGAGGAAGCUGAAAAGGCGGUCGAUGACCAAAGACGACAGCUAGCCGUUCGGAUGGUUACUAGAGUGCUCGGCGACAGAAUCCGCUGCUUCCUAUUCCGCAGCUGGGGUCGCCUCCGUUUGCACGCCGCCUCGCUCGCGGCGAUGGAGAGGGCAUCUGCAGCAGCAGCACCAGUUGUAAGGACGGCGAGGGUGGAGGCCGAGGAAAAGAGGACCGCAGCGGAAGCUUCGGCGACCGACGCGAUCGAAACGGAAGUGUCGACUGGGCGGAGCCGUGAGCAGCAGCAGGAGCUGCAGCGGCAUAGGGCGAUGACCACGAUAUCUCGAGUUUCCAAGGACAAAGGCAGGCGCUUGCUGUUCCGAGGGUGGAGCCGGUUGUGCUUGCACGCCGCGUCUCUCAACGCUGCCGAUGCCGUAUCGGCGACGGCAACCGCAGCGGCGAGGGCCGCCAGAGCGGAGGCGGAGGCGACGCAGGCCGCUGCAGCCGCAACGGCCGCCGGAAUCGCGACAGACGCCGCCGUGGUUCGGCAACGCGUGGCAGCGGCGGAGGCGGACGCGAAAAGUCAGAGGGAGCGGAGGGCAUUGCAGAUGGAAAGUGUGGUCGGGCUGGCAACCCAGUUCCCUUGCUCCAUAACCAUGGCAGCUGGGCGCCUUCUCUUCCACGGCUGGAGUCGGCUUUGCCGGCACGCUGCAUUCAUAGGUGGCGCAGAAGGACUCUCGGCGGAUGCUUAUCCUGCAGCACCUCAAAUCGCUAGGGCAGAUGUCUUGGAGAACACGGUACGUACACCUGCAGGAGGAGCCAAUGCUUCGGAUCAGAUCGACGGGGACUCGGCGAUGGCGGCGACCCUUGUGAAGAGAGCACAGGAAGCUGAAAAGGCAGUCGACGAGCAAAGCAGGCAGCUAGCCGCUCGAACGGUGUCAGGAAGUCCUGGCCGGGAGGCUUUUAUGACGUCGGCCGUCACAGAAACGCCCGAGAGGCGCUUGCUGUUCCGAGGGUGGAACCGGCUCUGCUUGCACGCCGCGUCUCUCAACGCUGCCGAUGCCGUAUCAGCGACGGCCACCGCAGCCGCGAGGGCCGCCAGAGCGGAGGCGGAGGCGACGCAGGCCGCUGCAGCCGCAACGGCCGCCGAAAUCGAGACAGACGCCGCCGUGGUUCGACAACGCGUGGCAGCGGCGGAGUCGGAAGCGAGAGAUCAGAGGGAUCGGAGGGCACUGCAGCUGGUGAGGAACCGCUGCCUCCUAUGCCGCAGCUGGGACCGCCUCCGUUCGCACGCCGCCUCGCUCGCCGCCGUGGAGAGGUCAUCUGCAGCGGCAGCACCCACUGAAAGGGCGGUGAGGGUGGAGGCCCAGGAAACGGGGACCGCAGCGGCAGCAGCUUCGCCGACUGACGCGGUCGAAGCGAAACCGGCGACAGAGCGGAGACGCGAGGAGGAGCAGGAGACGAAACGGCUUCGGACGAGGACAAUAUCUCGAGUCUGUAAGGACAAAGACAGGCGCUUGCUGUUCCGAGGGUGGAGCCGGUUGUGCUUGCACGCCGCGUCUCUCAACGCCGCCGAUGCCGUAUCAGCGACGGCCACUGCAGCCGCGAGGGCCGCCAGAGCGGAGGCAGAAGCGACGCAGGCCGCUGCAGCCGCAACGGCCGCCGAAAUCGAGACAGACGCCGCCGUGGUUCGACAACGCGUGGCAGCGGCGGAGUCGGAAGCGAGAGACCAGAGGGAGCGGAGGGCACUGCAGAUGAUCUGCAGCGCAGGUCGGAACUACAACCGACGACUUCUCUUCCACGGUUGGAGUCAGCUCUGCCGACACUCGGCGCUUCUCCACAUCACCGAGGGGUCAUCGAAGGCCGCGGAAGCGAUAACCAGGUCGGAUGUCAUGCAGAAGUCAGAACAUGCACCUGCAGAACAAGCCAAGGCAUCGGAAAAGGCCGACGGAGAAUCGGUGAUGCCGGCGACCCUUGUGAAGAGAGCACAGGAAGCUGUAAAGGCUGUCGACAACCAAAAACGACAGCUAGCCGCUCGAUUGGUGACUAGGGUGCUUGGCAAUAGAAACCGGCGCCUCAUGUUCCGUAGCUGGGGUCGCCUGUGUUCGUACUUCGUCUCGCUCAACGCGGUCAAGGGGUCAUCUGCAGCGGCAACACCCGCUGCAAGAGCUGUUCAAGUUGACGUAGAGGAGAAGGGGGCCGCAAUGGCUAUUUCGUCGAUUGGCGCCGUCGAAGAGGAGGGGUUUGAGCGAAGCAAUCGGGAAAAGGAGCUGAAGCGACUUAGGGCAGUGGCAAAGGUUCUUGGAUGCUUGUUCCGCGCACCACAUGCUCCAAACGGUUGUCUCACUGUGGGAUACAAACUAUGGUUCUUCGUCGCCUCGUUGCUUCCUUCUCAGAUUGCUCGAGCGUGUGGCGACACGGGCAGGAGAUCCUUGUUCCGUGGUUGGAGUCGGCUCUGUCUACAUGCCGCAUCGCUGUCUGCCGCGGAGGGGGCCUCCGCCGCCGCCACCGCCGCGGCCAGGGCUGUCCGAGCUGAGGCGAUGGAGAAAGAGGCGGAAGCGGCCGCUGAAAAGGCCGAGGUGUGGAAGACGGCCGCCGCCAGCGUGGAGGUUGCUGAGGCACGAGAGAAAGCACAACGGGAGGCCGCUCGUGGGUCGGAAUUGGCAUCUGAGCUACAGCUCAACAUCCAAGACAAGGAGGAGGCAUUGCGACAGCACCAGCUGCGCCGAACGAAAAUGCUAGUGAGAAACAGCCGCUGUUCUACGGCCAGGAGCGCCCGCGCUGAGGCGAUGGAGAAGGAGGCGAAAGCGGCAGCCGACAAGGCUGAGGCGUGGAGAAAGGCUGCCGCCGCCAGCGUGGAGGUUGCCGAGGCACGAGAGAAAGCACAACGGGAGGCCGCUCGUAGGUCGGAAUUGGCAUCUGAGCUACAGCUCAAGGUCAACGACACGGUGGAGGUAGUGCGAGAGCAUCAGCUACGCCGUCUGAAGAUGUUGGCCCUCAUGUUCCGAGGGUGGAGUCGUCUCUGCCUGCACGCCGCAUCGCUGUCUGCCGCCGAGGGGGCCGCCGCCGCCGCCACCGCUAUGGCUAGGGCUGCCCGAGCUACGGCGAUGGAGAAGGAAGCGAAAGCGGCCGCCGACAAGGCUGAGGCGUGGAGGAGAGCGGCCGCCGCCAGCGUGGAGGUUGCCGAGAUACGAGAGAAAGCACAACGGGAGGCCGCCCGUGGGUCGAUGUCGGCAUCUGAAUUACAGCUCAAGGUCAAGGAUACGGAGGAGGCAUUGCGAAAGCAUCAGCUGCACCGUCUGAAGAUGCUGGCCGCAUCGCUGUCUGCGGCCGAGGGGGCCUCUGCCGCCGCCACCGCUGCGGCUAGGGCUGCCCGAGCUGAGGCGAUGGAGAAGGAAGCGGAAGCGGCCGCCGCCAGUGCGGAAUUUGCCGAGACACGAGAGAAAGCACAACGGGAGGCCGCCCGUGGGUCGGAAUUGGCAUCCAAGCUACAGCUCAAGGUCAAAGACACGGAGGAGGUAGCGCGAGAGCGUCAGCUACGUCUUCCGAAGAUGCUGGUGAGAGACAGCCUCCACUGGAAACCCCAGGGCAUGCCUGGCAUAUUUGAGGCCCUCAUGUUCCGAGGGUGGAGCCGUCUCUGUCUGCACGCGGCAUCGCUGUCUGCCGCCGAGGGGGCCUCCGCCGCCGCCACCGCUGCGGCUAGGGCUGCCCGAGCUGAGGCGAUGGAGAAGGAGGCGAAAGCCGCCACCGAAAAGGCUGAGGCUUGGAGGAGAGCGGCCGUCGCCAGCGUGGAGGUUGCCGAGGCACGGGAGAAAGCACAACGGGAGGCCGCUCGUGGGUCGGAAUUGGCAUCUGAGCUGCAGCUCAAGGUCAAGGAUACGGAGGAGGUAGCGCGAGAGCAUCGACUACAUCGUUUGAAGAUGCUGGUGAGAGACAGCCUCCGCUGGACAACUCUACGCGUGGCCGCAUCGCUGUCUGCGGCCGAGGGGGCCUCAGCCGCCGCCACCGCUGCGGCUAGGGCUGCCCGUGCUGAGGCGAUGCAGAAAGAGGCGGAAGCGGCCGCCGACAAGGCUGAGGCGUGGAGGAGAGCGGCCGCCGCCAGCGUGGAGGUUGCCGAGGCACGAGAGAGAGCACAGCGGGAGGCCGCCCGUGGGUCGAUGUCGGCAUCUGAAUUACAGCUCAAGGCCGCAUCGCUGUCUGCGGCCGAGGGGGCCUCUGCCGCCGCCACCGCUGCGGCUAGGGCUGCCCGAGCUGAGGCGAUGCAGAAAGAGGCGGAAGCGGCCGCCGACAAGGCUGAGGCGUGGAGGAGAGCGGCCGCCGCCAGCGUGGAGGUUGCCGAGGCACGAGAGAGAGCACAGCGGGAGGCCGCCCGUGGGUCGAUGUCGGCAUCUGAAUUACAGCUCAAGGUCAAAGACACGGAGGAGGAAUUGCGAGAACAUCAGAUACGUCGUCUGAAGAUGCUGGUGAGAGACAGCCUCCACUGGAUAACUCUGUGGCACACGGGGUACAUUUCAGUUGAUAAUAGAGAAUGGGGACGAGAGGUGUAUGAAUCUCACACGUCGUACUCUCGACAUUGGCCAGGCAUGCAAGCCUCGCCUGUGUUUCUUCUCCCCACUCUCACUAUCGCCGCAUUCCCCUCCUCGUCGCUGCUGCCAAUCAAGAUCUCUCGCGUGUGCGGCGAGAGUGACAGGGCCCUCAUAUUCCGAGGGUGGAGCCGUCUCUGCCUGCACGCUGCAUCGCUGUCUGCCGCCGAGGGGGCCUCCGCGGCCGCCACCGCUGCGGCUAGGGCUGCCCGAGCUGAGGCGAUGGAGAAGGAGGCGAAAGCGGCCGCCGACAAGGCUGAGGCGUGGAGGAGAGCGGCCGCCGCCAGCGUGGAGGUUGCUGAGGCACGAGAGAGAGUCCAACGGGAGGCCGCCCGUGGGUCGGAAUUGGCUGCUGAGCUGCAGCUCAAGGUGAACGACACGGAGGAAGCAGUGCGAGAUCGUCAACUACAUCGCCUGAAGAUGUUGGUGAGAGGCAACCCCAGUGGAACUACUGCUUGUGGGGUCCUCAAGUUUCGAGGGUGGAGCCGGCUGUGUCUUCACGCCGCAUCGCUGUCUGCGGCCGAGGGGGCCUCAGCCGCCGCCACCGCUGCGGCCAGGGCUGCCCGAGCUGAGGCGAUGGAGAAGGAGGCGCAAGCGGCUGCCGAUAAGGCCGAGGCGUCGAGGAGAGCGGCCGCGGCGAGCGCAGAGGUGGCCGCGGCGACGGAGCAGGCGCAACGGGAGACUUCUCGUAGUUCAGAAUUGGCGUCUGAGCUACAGCCGAAGGUCAAAGACACCGAUGAGGUAGUGCGAAAGCACCAGCUUCGACGAAUAAAGAUGCUGCGAGACAAACAUACUGCCGGUGGUGAGCCAAACACACUGCCGGAAGCCAUGAACCGGUACCGUGUCUCAAGGGCCCUCAUGUUCCGCGGUUGGAGCCGACUGUGCCUGCACGCCGCAUCGCUGUCUGCCGCCGAGGGGGGUGCCGCCGCUGCUACAGCUGCGGCUAGGGCUGCCCGAGCUGAGGCGAUGGAGAAGGAGGCGAAAGCAGCUGCCGACAAGGGUGAGGCGUGGAAAAAGGCGGCCGCCGCCAGCGUGGAGGUUGCCGAGGCACGGGAGAAAGCACAGCGAGGAACACACGAAGUAUCGGCGCUGACAACGGCACUGAAGCAGAAGGAUAUGGACACGGAGAAGAUGGCGCGGGAGCAUCAACUACACCGUCUGAAGAUGCUGGUUGUUCGCGUGUGCCAUGAGAAAGACAGGGCUCUCAUAUUCCGAGGGUGGAGCCGUCUCUGCCUGCACGCCGCAUCGCUGUCUGCCGCCGAGGGGGCCGCCGCCGCCUCUACCGCUGCGGCUAGGGCUGCCCGAGCUGAGGCGAUGGAGAAGGAAGCGAAAGCGGCCGCCGACAAGGCUGAGGCGUGGAGGAGAGCGGCCGCCGCCAGCGCGGAGGUUGCCGAGACACGAGAGAAAGCACAACGGGAGGCCGCCCGUGGGUCGGAAUUGGCAUCCGAACUGCAGCUCAAGGUCAAAGAUACGGAGGAGGCAGCGAGGCAUGCACGAGAGCUCGACAAAAAGACGCGCGCCCUCGCCAUUCUUCUCCAAGACGACUGGGCAAACGCCGUCCUCAAGCGGGAGAAAGAAACCCGCGCCGUCCGCCUGCAGCUCGCUCAAGCUGACGCAGACCUCGGUGAACAACUCGACAGAAUAGCCGGCCUUGCCGUGGGCAGCAAGCGGAGGGCUCGAAAGGCGUCAGUGAGACAUUCUAAUCAUGGGGGAGGCGGGCAUGUGGGCGAGCACGAAGAAGAAAAGCAGGAAAUAUCGGGGCACGAGCCGGAGGUGUUUCUGGGAGGAGGGACAGGCGGGAUCGGGAUGGUCGCGCUGCAGGUGUGUUUCGGAACGGUGCAUUCAAAAUAG